GCACAAAGGGAGAUAAGAGGUUUAUGUUUGGGCUCCUUACAAACUGAAUCUCUCUCCCUCGAGACACGGGAGCUACACAUUCAGCCAUUUUGAAAUUGGUACCCCGAUAGCUACAAAAGUGUCUAGAGUUGAUAUAAAGACGUAUUGAUAAUGGGAUUGCCUACGAGGGAUGAGGAAACUCUGAUAGUGAAUGAAGAUGAGGUGAAUGACAUCAUCCAGAGAUGGCGAAAUACUCCAGAAGAAAAGUUGAAGCCAGAGGAUUAUCAGCAGUUCAAGAAUUUUGGAUCCGUCUGUCUCACUGAGGGGGACGGUGCACAACUUCUGAAAUUCCUUCAGGAUGAGGAAAACCGGGACAUAGUGAAGUCUAUGGGUUGCGUUCUUAUGACCCCUCUUGUAAAGGAGGUGGUUAAAAAAGGGAAGAGUCUAGAUCACUGUCAGGCUUCCAUCACGCACCUGACCAUGACUUGCAGCCCGGAUGAACUCAUGCACAGCUUGCUGGAACUGAUUGAAAACACUGAUCCAGGGGACAUUUCUGAGACCAUAUUGACUCUACUUCCACAUCUUCAAACAGUGCUGCUGUCGCUGGAUGACAGAAAGGCAGCCAGGUUGGGCUGUGCUCUCAGCGCCCUGCAGCAGCAGCUGUCCCGCCUGCCUGUGCCGUACAGCCGGCAGCAGGAGGAGGAGGACGAGUACGGUCUGUGUCGCUGCUACAACGCCCUGGCUGACUUCACAAAGCCUUUCGUAGAGGAGGUGAAAAGGAACAAUGGCAGCUCCGUCACCACCUCCGAGGAUGAAGAGCUAAGGACUGAGCUUCUCAAAUUCUGCAUGAGGAGCUUGAGGGAGCCUUUGCUUGAGGCUGAACUGAACAGAGACAGAAAAUCGUCGCUGUGGCUCUUUGCAACAGAGAUAAUGUUCACACUACCAGCAAUCCAAGAGUCUCUAUCAGAGCUCCUGCUCUUCAGCCCUCUGAAGAGAAGCCUCCAGACGGACAGCAGUGAGUCCAAGGAGUCCAGAGCGUGUCUGGCUUAUCUCCUGUUCGUCCAGCUCAUCACCAUCGACAGCUUUCCAGCAGUAUUCAGUCCUGUAUUUGUUCUCCAAUGCAACAUGGAAUACAUCAAUCAACUACUCAGCAGCAAAAAGGAAUCCCACGUGCUCAAAGGACUGGCACUGUAUGAGAAGAGCUUGGAAAAUGUGCAGGACAACAGCCUUCCGGUGAGCCUACAGGAUCUGAAGAGCUUCUAUAGCGCCCCACAGAACCUGCGGCAAGUUUUAACCGACUGCCCGAUGCAGAAUCUGAGAGAAACAGGACUACAGGUUUUACAACUCUUUAUCGAUAAAUUGGACUCUGAAUCAAAGCACAAGUUCUUCAGGUGCAUGCUGAAAACCAGCCACCAUGCAGGAGUGGAGAGUUACAUAGUGAAGAACAUCAGGAAUCAGCUGGAAUUUUCUAUGAAGCAGGGUAGUGCCAACAAAUGGUUCCUUGGGGAGGAGUUACUGCCGCUGUUGGGACUGGUGUUGUCUUUGCCACAAGGGGCUGAGACAGAUUUGCUUAACAAUAUGGACAAGAUAAUGGAGAGUCUGAAUCUCCUACGCUACCUACUGAUCAGGGAUAAAGACCUGAGGAGCACUAUUGUGUGGGAAGAGCUGUGCAGGAUCAAAGACGAAUACCUGAAAAUGCUGCGUGUGUGCAUCAGCAUAUCAAGAGGAUAUUAUGCUGCCGAACUGAAGGCACUGCGGCAGGAUCAAAAGAUAAAAGCGAGAGAAGCCAGAGGUGCUGCCAGAUCCUGCAGAUUAGUCAAAAGCAUAACGGUGAAAAAUGAGAAAACGUCAAAUAUGUCCCCAGAGGUCCAGCACCAGGUGUUGCAGAGUGCUUUGGUGACAUUUGACCUGAUGGAGAGUCUUAUAUUCCGCAUUGAAGAGAUUACAGAUGAAAAGCAGAAGACCCAAAGCUAAAUUAAGGUGAAGUGUCACCUCUGACUGCUGGGAUAACUCCAUACAGUUUCAUUUGAAUGUGCUCUGCUUGACCAAUACAAAAAAAACAUUCCAUUGAAUAAAGUUAUUCUCUUUUUUACGUCAAUGUUUUUUUUUAAUAGAACAAACUGUGAUACACGUGUAUUUUAAAUGUACAAGGCUUGUACUGCUUAGCAACUAAUAAAACAACACAGGUGUUAAGUGUGUGAAAAAAUGCUGAAUCAUCUGCCGAGCUCAUAGAAUGUCUCUCAGCAUCUCCCACACAGGACUGUUCUCAACGAUGUGAGCCCGAGCCAGAGACAUCCGGUCACGGAUACUGUCUACAUGGGGCUUACUGGUGGCCUGCAGACAAAUGAGCCUUGGCUUACUUCAAAUAUCCCAAGGCAGCAACAGCUUGUCUAAGCUUUAAUGUAAAUGUACCAAAUAACUGUUGUGUGCUGCCUCUGUCUUUACCUUGGCAAUGGUCAACAUUCCUUUGACGAUCUCAGCACUGUUUCGCACAGGCAGGAUCCUGAGUUUGCCAGAAAAUCUGAAAGAGAAGCAAAUAAUGUAGAUGUCAGAAUCUCAAUGCCUAUGUCACCAGCUACAUAAAUGCCAGCCAAGCACAACAAGGGGGUUGCAACUUGGGAAAGACAUUACACAGCUAUUUACCUGUGUUGAAGCACUGACAAUAUUUCCAAUUCCUUCUUCCCAUUAAAGGGGGCAUAUAGAAGAAGAAAGCUGUUCCGGUGUACUUGCACAAACAUCUUUAUCCUCUCAAUGAGUCCAGAUUCCUCAAAAUGCUCCAAGGGGUUUUGAGGGUCAAGCAACAGAAAGGCAGUACCUACAACACGUGAAUGUUAACUUUAUUAA